GAACCGCCUAAAGCCGAAGAUCCACCCCGCGUUGGCAAAAGGGGAGGGGGUGGCAAAGCAGGGCAUCGUGGCUUCAAGAAAUUCCCCCAAAAGAACCUUUUGGGUCACGGGAGGUGCCACGAUUGCGGCAAAGCUUUGGCGUUUGGUUCUGCUUUCCCCAAACGUCGGCGAGGGGCUGAGAAACCCUAUAAGUGCCCCGAAUGUGGGAAAUGCUUUCGGCUGAGCUCGACGCUCAUCACCCAUCAGCGGAGGCACAACGGUGAGAAACCCUACAAGUGCCCCGAAUGUGGGAAAACCUUCAGCGUGGGUUCAGCUUUCAUCCAACACCAGCGGGUCCACGGCGGCACCGCGACGUCUCCGACCCCGUGCCAAUGUGGGGUUUGUGGCAAAACCUUCCCGGCGAGCUCCGGUUUGGUCAAACACCAAAAACAACACCUGGAAGAGAAACCUUACAAGUGCGGGGAUUGCGGGAAAGGUUUCAAUUGGAAUUCCCACCUGGAAAGGCAUCGGCGUAUCCACACCGGAGAAAAACCUUACGCCUGUCCCGAAUGCGGCAAAAGCUUUAGUUGGAGCUCACAUCUGGACCGGCACCGGCGAACUCACGGCUCCGAUUCGGCGCAGUGCGGCGAAUGCUGUGGGAAAACCUUUGGCAAAAGUUUGGCAGCAGGGACGCCGAGCAAACAACGCCGUCGUGGCGCCGUGGCUGAGAAACCCUACAAGUGCGUGGAGUGCGGGAAGGGAUUCGGGUUGAGCGCGGCGUUGGCACAGCACCAACGCGGGCACGGAGCCGGCAAACCUUACCAGUGCGGGGACUGCGGGAAGAGCUUUGCUUGGAGUUCCCAUCUGGACCGACACCGGCGGAUCCACGCCGGCGAUAAACCCUAUAAAUGCGGGGACUGCGGGAAGAGCUUCUCGCAGAGCUCCCAUUUGGAGAGGCACCGUCGGAUCCACGCCGAAGGUUGCGGUAAGGAAAAAGGGAGGAGGUGGAAAUCGGACAGAGGGAAGUGCAGCGAGUGCGGGAAGAGCGUGGCGAGCAGAGCUGAGAGCGUGAAGCAUCAAGGGACCCAAACCGGAGAGAAACCCUACGUGUGCCCCGAGUGCGGGAAGGGAUUCGGGCAGAACUCGGCGCUGGUGAAGCACCGGCGGAUGCACACGGGGGAGAAGCCCUACAAGUGCGGGGAUUGCGGGAAGAGUUUCGGGGUCCGAUCCAACCUCAUCAAACACCAGCGCACCCACCUGGGUGAAAAACCCUACAAAUGCCCCGACUGCGGGAAGGGCUUCAUCCAAAAGUCAGACCUGACCAAACACCGACGGAUGCACACCGGGGAGAAGCCCUAUUCUUGUAACGUCUGCGGGAAGUGCUUCAGCGUCUCCUCCAACCUCAUCAAACACCAACGGAUCCACCUGGGAGAGAAGCCCUACGGCUGCCCCGAGUGCGGCAAGAGCUUCAUCCAGCGCUCGGAGCUCACCAUCCAUCGCCGCGUGCACACCGGAGAGAAGCCCUACGCCUGCCCGGCCUGCGGCAAGUGCUUCAGCCGCAGCUCCCACCUCAACCGGCACCGGCGCACCCACGCCGGGGAAAAGACC